AUUUACUUUAGAACUUUAUGGAAUAGUAGUUGCUAACGGAACCACACCUGCUAAUUAUCUUAGCACUUACAGCAAUGAAACUGUGGAAUUAAAAGGUUUGACUAAUGCAGUUUAUAAAUAUAACUCUCCAGUUAUUAUAAAUCCAUCCCCAAAUCCCCUGGCGGAUGACAUGCGAUUUAAUUAUACCCGCGUAUUCGACACUCCCGGACGAUUUCAACCUGCUGAUCCAAUUGUCCUAAAUGUUUUCGACCCAUUAAGACAAACAACUAAUUUUGAAAUCAGCAAGUUUUUAUUACUUGAUGCCGAUGUUAAUCGUGCGAUUAGUUUUUCACGAGUUGAGUCACGCAGUCUAAAUCGAACUGUCACCACCGACAUCAAAUAUAAUAUUAUAGAUGUGUUUAGAGACAAUCUUACAAUGACUACGCCUAAUGAUGCUACUAGCUCUGUUAGAAUUAGACCAG